AUGGUACACACCGAGACAAGUGCAGACUUCAGAGGUCACGAACCUGACAUCAGAGAUCACGAACUAGACUUCAGGGAUCAGGAACCUGACGUUAGGGAUCAGGAACCUGACGUUAGGGAUCAGGAACCUGACGUUAGGGAUCAGGAUUCAGACUUCAGAGAUCAGGAACCAGACUUCAGGGAUCAGGAACCUGACGUCAGAGAUCAGGAACCAGACUUCAGGGAUCAGGAACCUGACAUCAGAGAUCAGGAACUAGACUUCAGGGAUCAGGAACCUGACGUUAGGGAUCAGGAACCUGACGUCAGGGAUCAGGAACCAGACUUCAGGGAUCAGGAACUAGACUUCAGGAAUCAGGAACCAGACUUCAGGGAUCAGGAACUAGACUUCAGGGAUCAGGAACCAGACUUCAGGGAUCAGGAACUAGACUUCAGGGAUCAGGAACCAGACUUCAGGGAUCAGGAACUAGACUUCAGGGAUCAGGAACCAGACUUCAGGGAUCAGGAACUAGACUUCAGGGAUCAGGAACCAGACUUCAGGGAUCAGGAACUAGACUUCAGGAAUCAGGAACCAGACUUCAGGGAUCAGGAACUAGACUUCAGGGAUCAGGAACCAGACUUCAGGGAUCAGGAACUAGACUUCAGGGAUCAGGAACCUGACGUUAGGGAUCAGGAUUCAGACUUCAGAGAUCAGGAACCAGACUUCAGGGAUCAGGAACCUGACGUCAGAGAUCAGGAACCAGACUUCAGGGAUCAGGAGCCUGACGUCAGAGAUCAGGAGCCUGACGUCAGAGAUCAGGAACUAGACUUCAGGGGUCAGGAACCUGACGUUAGGGAUCAGGAUUCAGACUUCAGAGAUCAGGGUUCAGACUUCAGAGAUCAGGAACCAAACUUCAAGGAUCAGGAACCAGACUUCAUGGAUCAGGAACCAGACUUCAGGGAUCAGGAACUAGACUUGAGGAACCAGACUUCAGAGAUUAGUCACAAGACUUAA